CGCUAAAAUCAAACUACAUAACAACAUCAGCUCGUAUCGGCGAGUGUUGUUCGCUCUACCGUGACUACACGAUGACAUUUUCGUCGCGUUGUCAUCGACACUGACGUCGUAAAUAAGACGACUGCUAGCUGGUAUAAAGUGACAGCUAGCAGCAAGCUAACGGCGAGCAGCGGCUAAAAAUAUUCUGCUGUCGAAGGGACUUGAGCACCAUAAAUAGUGAGACAUUAUGGGCAACACGAGUGAUAGGGUGGCUGGAGAUCGCCAUGGAGCCAAGGCUCACCGCUCAGACAGCAGUGGCAGUCACAAAGACCACGAACCCAGCAGCAAAAUGGUGGACAGCACAGAUGACCCCAACAUCUUCAACACCCAUGGUCCAGAGUCCAAGGCAUCGGGAGAGAAAGAAUUCACCCCAGAUCUAGAUGACCUGGUGAAAACUGGUCCUCAGGCUCGACCCACAGUCAUCCGCUGGGCUGGAGGGGGAAAGGAGGUCUACAUAUCCGGUUCCUUUAAUAAUUGGAGCACAAAAAUACCUCUAAAUAAGAGCCACAAUGACUUUGUAGCGAUCUUGGACCUGCCAGAAGGGGAGCACCAGUACAAGUUUUUUGUAGAUGGACAGUGGGUCCAUGAUGCAUCAGAGCCAGUUGUAACCAGCCAACUCGGCACCAUCAACAACCUGAUCCACGUGAAGAAGUCAGACUUUGAGGUGUUUGACGCCCUACAGGUUGAUUCUCUGGAGUGCUCUGAUACAUCAGAUCUGUCCAGCUCCCCUCCAGGUCCAUAUGGGCAGGAGCAGUACGCCUUCAGACCUGAGGAGCAUUUCAAAGCCCCACCUAUACUCCCUCCUCACCUGCUUCAAGUCAUUCUCAACAAGGACACCAAUAUAUCAUGUGACCCUGCCCUGCUGCCUGAACCCAACCACGUCAUGCUAAACCACCUUUACGCCCUCUCGAUAAAGGAUGGAGUGAUGGUGUUGAGUGCGACUCACAGAUACAAGAAGAAAUACGUCACCUCUCUGCUUUACAAGCCAAUCUAAACCUCAUCUUGGGCGCUCCCCAGUGCUUUUAGAGAGCAGCAUGUGUGUAUCCUGCUGUUUUUUUGUUUUUUAGUUGGGUAUCAUCACAUUUAGCCAAAUCUUGCACUGAAACAAGUUUACAGGCGAGCUAAAGGCCAGUGGCUGUGACUGUGGCUUGGUUCUUAAGUAAAAGGUUGCACUUUUGUCUACAUAGGGCUCUGAACGCAGGUAGCGACGUGCGCGUGUGUGUGUGUUUUUCGGGGGGGUCAGAGGGAGAUGAGAACCAUAGUGUGGCUUUUACCUGCAGCAUCUCCGGACAGAUAAGAGACUGACUAACUCACUGUGUGUAUUCAAGGUUUGCUGCAACUUGUGAAUAUAUGCAUGUUUGUGUGUAAAAACCAGAUGUCCUUUUAAAGGGAGGGCUUUAUGAGUGUUACUGAUGUGGAUCAACAGUUUGAUUUUAAGGUUUUGUGUCAUCAUGUCCUCAUUGAACUGGUUGAAAUAAGUUUUGAAUUAAUUGACUUGACAGUAUUUACGGCAAGCGCCUGCAGAAUUACUGAAUGACUUAAUCUGGCCCGAAAGUCAAGGUCUAGGUGCUGAAGAGGGCAACAGACUUGGCAUUGCUUCGACAUGAAGUGCAAUAACCUGCUGUACAAACCACUGAAUCUGAACUUGAGAUGGACUCACAAACAUGAGGCAGUCGCCAACAACAUUUCAUUUUGUCAGUGAGUACAUAUUAUGUUGAAUUUCUCAGAGCUGAGCCAUCAUUCAGUGGAAUCCACCACAUGACCUUAACUACAAACAAGCCCAAGAUUCCAGUUUUGUUAAUGUAAUGGUCACUAUAGAUGGAGCGCUAGGAAUGUUUUAACAGAAAAGUCCGGUGGUGAAAAGUCGAUGUUCAGUUCUGCUGUUGCCUUUAUCUUGACGUAAUUCUGCGAGCACUUUAGCAUCCUGUGAGCAGGAGUGUGAGUAUAAGCUUUUAACUAUGCAGCAGACAACUCUUGUACUGUAGCUUCUUUGGACUAUAGAACCCAAUUUGUGCUUUUUUUUUUGGUUUUCUAGAUAUGAUGAACUUGCAGUGCUUUAUAUGUGUGUGCAUCUAUUCUGAGUUCUGUAUUUCAAAUAGGAAUGUACUGUACGUACCUGUUAAAUGUCUUGUCAUACACAGAGGCGUGUACACCCAAACAGUUCCUACUUGCUGCUUUGCAUGUAUUGAAUGUCUGCAACUCGUGAGGAUUCGACAUAUUUACUGAAUGUGGUGCACAUUCACAAGCAGAUCAGCUGCACGCACCUCAAAAUGUGAUCCGAGGCACAUUGUCACAUGAAUUUACAGGGCUGUGAUAAUAAAUAGUUGCCAUGAAUUUAACAUUUGUACAAAGUUUGCUCAUGCGUGUUCUUCACAGGAUAACCGUUUAAGGUAAUCUGUAUUUUGAGGUAUGGUGGCUUUGUUUUAUUAUUAUUAUUAUUAUUAUUAUUAUUAUUUGUCACUUGUAUGUUGUGCUGUUUAAAUGUCUGCGGUUACAGUGCAGUGUAUACCCCGGUUGAUACACUCUACGGAUAUAUAAAAGUGGCUUUCAUAAAUCCUGUUGGUGUUCAACUAGACACGGUGAAAGUAUUUUGUGAAUGUCUAGACUCGCCUUGAAUUUUUGUCCAGACAGUUUUUAAGACUUACCGAUGUAACAAGGGAGUAUGGACAAGUGCCGUGGACGCCACAUGGUGUUUUAAGGCUUAAACCAAAACUUGAAUUUUACAGCCGUCUCAUGAAUGUUUUAAAAUGCUUUGCUGAACCAGUGUGAUGAUUCACUGUACAAGGUUUUACUUGUUUGCAAAUAAAGAGAGGACAUGCUGGUCCUAAUUCCCGUC